GACAUGUAUUUGUGAAUUGUAAUGACAGGUCUAUUAACUUUCGUCAACUGUUGGGACGUGAAGUGGUCGACAAGAGUACAGGAUUUCUUCACAUAUGGAAAACUGUUGGCUUUGGUCACGAUUAUCAUAACCGGAAUCGUUCAGCUCUCCAAAGGACACACCGAGCACUUUACGUUUGAACAAGAUCCGGCUGUUCCUCAUGUCGACAUCACAACAAUAGCCCUAUCAUUUUAUUCCGGAUUAUUUGCUUACAAUGGAUGGAAUUACCUAAACUUUGUGAUCGAAGAGCUGAAGGAACCCCACAAGAAUCUGCCCAAAGCUAUAUUCAUAUCAUGUAUUUUAGUGACAGUUGUCUACACUCUCACUAUAAUUGCAUUCCAUUCGACUCUAAGUGUGGGCGAAGUGUUGGGCGCCGAAGCGGUGGCCGUCACAUUUGCUGAACGUUUGUACGGAUGGAUGGCAUGGAUUGUACCGGUGUUUGUGGCGAUGUCCACGUUUGGUGGCGUCAACGGAAUCCUAUUUACCUCUUCGCGACUCUUUUAUGCCGGCGCUGAACAAAAACAAAUGCCAGAAAUAUUGGCAAUGAUUCAGAUCAACCACUUAACACCGACACCCGCUGUGAUCUUUAUGUGCAUUCUAUCGCUUGUAUAUCUGGCCUCCAAAGACAUCUACGCUCUCAUCAAUUACGUGGGAUUUGCCACUUGGCUGGCCAUCGGGUUGGCUGUCGUUUGUCUUCCAUACCUGCGCUGGAAACAGCCAGAUCUUCCACGACCUAUUAAAGUGAACCUCAUUUGGCCCAUCAUUUACAUCCUCGGAUCCAUAUUCAUAACAGUGGUGCCAAUGUUUGCGGAUCCGGUCGGCACCGGCUUCGGCUGUCUAAUCAUAUUAACCGGAGUUCCCGUCUAUUUUAUUUUCAUC